AUGGACUCGCAAGACCGCCUUGCCUUGGGGACCCGGGCGGAGCUUCCCAGCCGUGACAGUUGCUGGCCAGAGUUUCGGGAUCUGGCCGUGUACCGCCGGCUGCCGCGGCCGCGGCUGGGCUCGCGAUCCUGGGUGCGAACCCACAGCCGGCGCUUCAUCAAGGCCACCUUCAAUGACGUCGUCGAUUUUCGUGACUGCACGUCCUUGAAUGCCGGCCGCUUGUUGUGCAUGUCCCUGGCCUACACCGAAGAAGGGGUCACCGAAUGGCUGCAGCCCAUGAUGGCGGCGCUGGUCAAGUUCUACUCCGGACGAGCCUGGGCAGCAGCGGAUGCCAGGGCCAUGCAGACCUACAGCACCGUCUGCAAGCUGCUCGGGGCUUUUCUGGAGCCAACUUCUCUCUGGACGCAGCUGAGGGGAGCCCUGGACGCAGACUCGACCAUGGACCUGGAUCAGCGCGUCGCAAGUGUCCGGAUCCUGGCCAUGGCCCUGGAGGGCCACGUCGAGGUAUUGGAGAGCAUCCAGCCGCCGGAUCCAUCCCUGGGCCUUGGUCAGUUGGAGCCGGUCCUGCCGGAGCUCAUCGAUGCCGUGCACGGCUCGGAUCUGCUUCUGUCGCCAACGCCGGAGUCGCGCGAGGCUAUGUGGAUGCUCCUGUCGGCCUUCCUGGAGCCCCUCCGGCCCUUCCUGACGGAGUCACAAGUCUCCCAGCUGCUGUUCAUCUCCCUAGCGUUGGCGUCGAAGGCUCCUGUGGAAGAGCUGCCUGAGACCGUCAAAGCGAAGAAGGCCUCGGCGACUUUGAGCCAGGUGGCAGACAACGAGGAGAUCUUGGACGCCCAGAAGCUCGACAGGGCCCUGGCAGCCCUGAGCAGCGGAUUGGCCGAGGUGCCCAAGUCAAGCCUGGACUCCUUGGACGACUUGGACGACGACCUUCCGCCGGAGUCGGAGGUGCCGCCGCUGCGGCGGCUCUUUGAACGCGCCUUCGCCCAUGUCAUGGACCGAGUGGGGGACUCCUUCCAGGUCUUCCGAAGCGUGCUGCACCUGAGCCCGACAGAGGUGCUGCUGCAGGCGGCCAACCAGGAGCAGAUCCUGUCACAUCUGGCUGAUUUUGCAGGGGCCGCCGCAGCCUUGGAGACGCGGGUCUCUUCCCAGGCUCUGGGUGUGCGGCUCGCCUUGCGGACUGCUGAGACUCCAGGGGGACGCGGCUUCGCUACGAAGGUCCUGGAACUCCUCGGCGCCGCGCUGGUGCAGGCGUCACAGGGUCCGAGCUACCGUGCUCUAUCCGUGCCUGUGGCCCUUGCCGGCUGCGCAGCCUACCGGCGCUUCUUCUUGCGCCGAGGGGCAGACGUGGCUUUGGCUGCGUCGGAUGCAUCACAAGGCGCCAGCUCUUCCAGCCUACUGCACUGGAUGCAGUCGACUUUUGCAGACCAGGAGCUCUACAAGCGUCUGCACCUCGCCAUGGAGCAUGCCGAGAAGGUGCUGACAGGAUCCGGCCAGGAUGAUUGGGUGCUCGAGAAGGCCAGGACCAUCAGGUUGGAGUCGGAGCGGCAAGCGGCUGUUCUACGAGGAGCAGCAGCGUCCACCGCCCUCCUGGCGCUGCGGCAGGGGCUCCUAGCCCAGAAACGGCCGCCCUGGUCAGCAGAAGCAGGCCGCUCGCUGUUUUUGGCCGUGGCGUCCACACUUGGGGUGGCUGCUUCCACGCUCGAGCCGCCCUUCGUGCGGCCGACGCCCCCGUCGCUGCUCCUCUACACUGCGGAGCUCCUCCGCUUGCUCCUUCACCUGCCGGCUGAUGCGGAGGAAGCAGAUGCCAGUGCGGAGAUGGCGUCCAGCCCUUUCCAGCUGCUCGACGACGCGGCACGCGCCAUCCACGCUCUCCCGGUGCCCAAGACCCAACCGCGUCUCCCGCCGGGGCUGCGGAUCAGCAGAGAGGAAGAGGAGCAGCUGGUCUCGAACUAUAUCGGGGCCUUGUUGGAGUUGAACCUCACGCUGCCACCCGAUCCCAAGGCGAAAUCCGCGCCGGCCAGCCUGGAGGAGUCUGGCAAGGAUCUGGCACUAGGUUGGGACGAGGCGCUCCUGUCGCCAGGCGCCGAGCCGAAGACAUCAGCUGCCGCAGAGGUGUCAAGGGUGCUGGCGCAGAGCUCUGAGUGCCAGCGCUGGAAUGCCGCCUACGCGCUCUACCGGUUGGGUGUAGACCUGGGCGGCAUCUUCAAGGAGUCCUUCGAAGCCUGCGUCGCGCGUUGGCGCAAGAAGAAGGAGCAGGGCAAGGUUCUACUUGCCCAGGACGUGCUCCAGCGAUCUCAGAAAACGCUGCGAAGUUUCACAGGUUGA